UGCAGCCGCUGCUCGAGCCCGAGGUUAUGAAGGAGCUGGAGGACAUUGCGGAGCAGUUCGCGGCGCCUGGCGGUGAAGGCGAAGUUCUCCAGAAGGGUCUGCUGCGAAAACAGGAGCAAGACCACAACUGGGCGUUCCAGUACUGGCUGCACUCGAUGUACCUGCGCGUGCCGCUGGCGCUGCCGGUCAACUCGAACCCGGGCAUGGUGUUCCCGCGCCGGCAGUUCUCCACCAACGACGCCAUGCUGCUCUACAUGGCGCAGCUGAUCCACGGCGCCUACCAGUGGCGGGUCAAGCUCAACAGCGUCGGCCUGCCAAUCGACCGCUGCUCGUCACGUGACAAGGGCCAGCCGCUCUGCAUGGAGCAGUAUCAUCGCGUCAUGACCACCUACCGGCGCCCGGGGCGGUCACGUGACUACCAGCUGGACACGAGCAGUGCGCAGGCGCAGUACAUCAUGGUCUGCUGCGGCGGACAGCAAUUUCAGCUUUCGCUGACUGAGGACUGGGAGCCUCUCACGGUCGACGAGCUGGCCUUCCAGUUGCGUCGCUGCCAACAGAUGGCAGAGCAGUCGCCCGACUCUUGCCAGGUGGCGCUGCUGACGUCAGACGACCGGCGAGUCUGGGGCGAGAGUCGAGAGGCCCUCAUCAACGCGGACCACCUAAACGCCGAGACGCUGGCCACCAUCGAGAACUGCCUGUUCGUGGUGUGCCUGGACGCGCCGCUGCCGACCUCCUUCAACGGCCGGAAGAGGCUAAGCUUCGACGGCGGCGUGACCGACGGCAGGGACGACACGGCAAUGGCGCACCAAAUGCUGCACGGCGGCGGUACCCUUUUCAACACGGCCAACCGCUGGUUCGACAAGACCAUCCAGAUGGUGGUAUCCUCAGACGGGGUGUCAGGUCUAUGCUACGAACACUCGGCAGCCGAGGGCAUCGCAGUCGUUCAGCUGAUGGAACAGCUGGUGGCGUCAGCUGAGCGUGAUGACGUCACUCUGGAACCACCGUCCCGUCCAUUGGAAUCACCCAAUCAGCUGGAGUGGUUCCUAAACGACGAUGUCAAGGCGCGGAUCGAGAAAAGCGCCGUAUCGGUGGACCGGCUGAUCGAUGAUCUAGACUUUCUGGUGCUGCGUUUUCCGGACUAUGGCAAGAACUUUAUCAAGAGCGUUCGCUGUAGUCCUGACGCCUUUUUGCAGUUGGCACUGCAGUUGGCAUAUUACAGGCUUCACGACGACCUGGUGGCCACGUACGAGUCAGCCUCGACCCGACGCUUCCGCCAAGGUCGGGUCGACUGCAUCCGGGCAGUGACCCCUCAGGCGCUGGACUGGGUCAAGGUCAUGGGCGACGUCAGCAUCACGCGGGGUGAGAAGAUACGCCUGUUCCGGACGGCGCUCCACCUCCAGACGGACAUCAUGGUGGAGAACAUCCUGGGCCAGGGCAUCGACAUCCACCUGCUGGGGCUGCAGGAGAUGGCCACCGACCUCGGCAUGGACACGCCGCAGCUCUUCACACAUCAGAGCUUCAGCAUCGCCAACCACUUCGGCCUCUCCACCAGCCAGGUACCGACGCAAAACGGUGAGUCCUUCAUGGGCUACGGCGCGGUGGUGCCCGACGGCUACGGCUGCUCCUACAACCCGCAGCCCGACUUCAUCGUCUUCUGCAUCGGCAGCUUCCACUCCUGUGAGAUGACCUCAUCCGAGGCUUUCGGCAGCUCCAUCAGCGAGAGCCUGGGCCUGAUGCGCGACCUGCUCAAGUCGUCGGACGCUUGGACCAGCAGCGGGUAACGAAGCGGAAGGCGGUGAUGGUGAUGAUGCCCAACAGGGUGAUGACGUCACCGGGCUGGUGGCCGGUAGGCAGUGGUAGACGGGGAGCGGUGUGUAAAUGUUUAGGGAUGUGAAUGGGACUGUGUUGUGGCGUUGGUCGAGCGCUUCAUUGUUGGACCCGCACAACCAGAGGUCACGUUUGUUGCGAGGCGGUUUGCCUCGGUGGAACCCACACAUAUCACGCGUUGGCUUUACUUGUUCGAAGAUGAUGUAGGCUAUUUACACGUUAUCGCACGCUUGUUAUUGCUCAUUAGAUACGCAUAGUUUAACACUGGUAACAGAAGUUCCCGGCCAACGGUUGGCUGCCGGUAAAUAGGAUGAAAAACGUCACAUAUUAACGCAUCAGGCCAGUCCUUAUGAUCGGGCCGUCAUACUAAGUGAUUCAUGGCUGACAUUCUCCGUCGUCCAACCGAGUUAAACCGCGCUUCGACCAGCUGAUCCGAUCUAGGUUUUCUUUGACGAUGUAUCUGCGAGACCUAGCGGAUAGUUCCAACCAGCAGUGUUCGCCAUGAUAAACGGGCUUUAUGGUGGACGCCUCCUUGGACAUAGACGUAUAGCCGCUUACAUAUCAGGCGCAUCCGGUGCAUGCACACAGUGCGUGGUUCUCGUCACUGUGAUACAGUGCAUCUAUCGAUGCUGUUAACCAUAUCAUAUGUGUAUGGCUAACGUCAUUCAGUUCUCUUAGUAGUUUCUAUCCAUUUGAAGAAUUUGUCGUGAGACGAAUCUUCGAAACGGCCGUGUGAGUGAGCGAUGUUUGUUACGUUACCGCCAGCCGUAUUUGAUGCAAUCUCAGAGAAGUGGAGGAGGUCUUACCGGACUCUGAAUGAACGCCGCUUACUUCGGAGAUUUAACGGUUGUCCGUACGCUGUCGUCGUUGAUUUGAAUGCAUAAGAACGGGACCGGCAACGUUCAUCUCGCAAAUGGGUCUAACAAGGUUAGAUCCACUCGUGAUGGACGAAAAGAUGAUGCAUCUGCCUGUCUGUCAGAACCAAGCAGACCCGGGAAAACAAGAAACGUUACAUACUGAAUGCUCGUCAGACACUGUCAGGCUAUGGGCGCAAAGUGACCAAGGCAGUGGAAGCACCCCUGAACCCAAAUAUCAUCAAUGUCACCACUGUCAGAGUACAGGUGUCAGCUACAAUUGGAGACUUGGGUCUACCCUGGAGGUGAACGAACCAUCGUGUUGGCAUAUUGAUUCCAGGGCGGGUUUAGAGAUGAAGCAGCACACGUGACUUCGCUUACGCCAGGUUACGGGCAUAGACAGGCAGUAAGCUAAGCAGCAAUGAAAUACACGUGGGUCGCCUUUCAUUUCAAACAACGCAGCAUUUUUUGUUGGCGUUCGUGAGCGCCAUCUUUGCUUCGCCACGAUGUGAUAAUAGAUUGCAGCUUGUGAGGGCGUGCACCAGUAAAUACAUAUCAUUGAUGUGAUAAGCAUAUGAGUGGAAAACGUGCAAUAUUGGUUGCAAGGACAUUUUGUUUGGCGUGUUGCAAUGGUGGAAGUGUGCACUGUUUAUUGUUGUGGAGCCGUUAGCUGUUGGGUGCUGCCUGCACUACCUGGAUUUUGCUCGUGUGAUGGUUGCGACAUUGCAUCUUGCCCAACCCAGCGCCACCGCCGAACAAUAAAAACUGCCCAUG